AUGGCGAUAAUCUCUGAUUUAGAAGAAGAGCAAACCGGCACAAAGUCUGCAUCGUCAUCCCAUACCCCUCCCAAAACGUCGACGUUUACUGCAACAUUUGAUCCACAAGAGCCCAUAAGGAUUGUGGAGAGAGUUCUUGAUUUCUUGGGGAAAGAGAGUGAUUUUCUUGAGAAGGAGACGGCGGAGAAGGAGAUCUUUACGGUGGUGAAGAAGGCAGUGGAGGAGAAGAAGAGGAAGAAGGCGGCGGAGGACGAGGAGAAGGUGAAGGCGAAGAGUAAGAGGUUGAAGGAGGAGGAGGAGGAGGCGAAGGGGAAGAAGGAGAAAAUGGAUCAAGACGAGAAGAAAGAGGAAAGUGGAAAGACAGGUGAAGUGGAAUGGUGCGGAGGAGGGAUUGUUCAUGUUGUGACUGUAAUGAGUUUGGGUGUUCUUGAUUGUUAUCUAUCUGGCUGUUGGAAAAGAGGAGUGGAAAGUAUUGCAUUGAACUUCUUUGAAGUAGUGAAUUGUUCAAUUCUGUUCUUUGUGAAUUUGCUUGACGAUGAUGGUUUUCCAAAUAAGGGGAAUGGUCUUGAUCUGGAGAGAUAUUCCUGGACGCAGACCUUGCAAGAGGUUAGUAUACAAAUCCCAGUCCCUUCUGGAACUAAAUCAAGAUUUGUUGUAUGUGAAAUGAAGAAAAACCAUCUAAAAGUUGGACUCAAGGGCCAGCCUCCAAUAAUUGAGGGAGAGCUCUAUAAGCCCAUCAAGGUUGAUGAUUGUUAUUGGAGCAUAGAGCCAUCAGAUAAAUGUGAGUUACUCAUCAUAUAUACCAUUGCAUUGUCUCCAGAGGACCAGAAUACCAUCUCCAUCCUUCUGACAAAGCAGGACCAAAUGGAUUGGUGGAAAUCUUUGGUGAAAGGAGAUCCUGAAAUUGACACCCAGAAAGUUGAACCUGAAAACAGCAGACUAUCUGACCUGGAUGCUGAAACGCGGCAGACUGUUGAAAAGAUGAUGUUUGAUCAGAGACAGAAGUCUAUGGGCCUUCCAACCAGUGAUGAGAUGCAGAAACAGGAGAUUCUGAAGAAGUUCAUGUCUGAGAAAUUGGGCCAAGUUGUCUAUGUCUAUUUUGAUCAAGUGGAUUUUGUUCUUGGUGGGCUUGAAUGCGUCUCAGUGGAGAUAUGUCCCCUUCACGGUAGUGGAUUUUCUUCUUGUUCCUCUCCUGUCUUGUAUGACGAGCUUGGAAUUUGGAGUCUUGCGCUAUAUCCCAUGAACCCACCCGCCCUGAGGAGGAGGGAAGAUGAUGUAAAAGCUGAUGUCAUAAAGCCAAAGUUUCUAUCUUUGACAAGACAAGACGAUGAAGAGCUUCUUUUGGCUCACGGUGGAGGAAGUGCGGUGGUGUCUCCUUGGUGGGAAGCCCACCAGUGUAAUAAUGAAGGAAGGAAACGACAAAUUUGGAAGCGGGAACAAAGCAAACACUUCACUUUCAAGACUGUGCUUAAGGAACAGAAGAAUGACACGUGA